UGAAUACGCACACCGCAACUGCAUCCCAUCGUCAAGCAGCAUGAAGACCCCAUCCGGCAGUAGUAACCACGCCACCAAGGGAUCAACGUUGGUGGGUGCACGCUGCGGCCACGCCUCUGUGUACUGCUGUCGCACCCUGCUAUACCGACUAGCUGACGUCCGUUGUUAGGGAAUUAGCACAGGUCACGACGACGGAGAUUACCGAAACUGCUGCUGUGAGGAACGCUAUGCUAGGCUCACGGAGUCGAAGCAAUGAGGAUGUCUCUGCGAUGGAGAGUGGGGAGGGAGGAGGAGUAGCCGAGAGCCGAGAGGGACGGCCACAGGAGGAGCAGCGACAGGGGCAAGGGGGGGGGAUCGGAGAGUCUUCACCAGAGGACGAGUACGAAGCAGCACCGCAUGCGGAGGCCGAGCAAGGCGGCAGGUUUGGGGGCGGGAGAUACGGCCACGCCUGGGUAAAUUCACGGCAAGCUCAGGAGUGGUGCAACCUCCUCCUGCUCGGCCUUGUUGUGGGCUUUGCUGCUGUGUUCACCUAUGCCUGGGUGGAAGCGUUCCGCAAGGGUGUCUACGACCAGGCGAUCGGCUUCAUCACCGUCGCGUUCUUCGCCAUCGCGACCUGCACGCGCAGCUACCGCCGUCGGAUGCGCCGUCCAACAGUAGUCAUUGUGGAGGAAGAGACCGCCCAUGCCGAGCCCACGAGACUACGAAACUUCGUGGAUCAGUGGGCGCAUCAUCAGCCGAAGGGGGUGCCUCGGCACGUCCGGCAAACCUUCGACUACUUCAUAUUCACGGCAGCGGCAUCACCCACCGACAAGGAAAAGGACGAAGAGGUGAAAAGACCCGGUGGAAACCCACCGGGGACGGCGGGAUCAACGCCACUGCCGUCUGCCCCGGUCGCGCCUUCUCACCGAGGCCAACCGGAUGCAGACGCUGGCGUUGAAACCGCUCGACCCUUCGUCGGAGCUGCGGAUGGGAGCCCUACGGCGGAGCAGGCCCAAAAGGCGGCAGCAGCGGCCGCGGCUGCGACUACGGCAGAGCCCGCAAUCGGUGUUGACGAGGGCAAGCGGGACGGCAGCGGCGCAGCAUCGGCGCCUUCUUCGGAGAAAGAAACGCAGCAGCAGCUCCAACAGGGGAAGUUCGCGUGGGCAUCAUCGUCAGCGCUGACGGACUGCAGCGUUUGCCUGGAGGCGUACCGUAACGGGGACCGGGUGUGCAGGCUCCCAUGCGCGCACGCCUUUCAUGCGUCGUGUAUCAACACGUGGCUGGACCAGCAGCACGUCUGCCCGCAGUGCCGACUCGACCUAUUGCCUCCGGAACUUUCUUGGGGGCAGUCGUCGCAAGCGUCCGCCACUACCACCUCUGGAAACCCGACGCAGUUCGCCAAUCUGUUCGGGUCGCUCGAAAGGAUGAUACUGGCGUCCCACCAGUCGGUAGCAGGCGGGGGAUACAGCGGCAGCGCCAUCGCCACCCACGGUGCUCAGGGGCAAGAGACAGGGCCUGCAGCCGCUGGGUCGCCGUACGCCUCCAUUUUCGGCAGCCCGGCGUACGGCGCGUCGCCGCUUCCGACGGUAACCAGCGUGGCCCACCAGGCCUGGCCCUCGCCCGAGUUCUUCAGCGGGGCCGGGGGCAACGGCAGCAGCAGCCAGCACAGGAGCGUCCGCGCCAGCGCCAGUAUCGCCGGUUCACCCACGGACAUGCCUGGCCCUUUCCACGCGCACUUUCAAAUGCAACAGCAGCGGCAGCACCAGCAGCAGCUGCUGCUGCUGCAGCAGCAGCACUAUCUUGCCAGCCCGGCAUUCACGGACGGGUCCCCGCCCUCGACGGCAAGCAGCGCGGUGCUGGUCCAUCCCCGUGGGCGAACGUCGCCGCGGUUCACUACCUUGGGGGGGCGCGCUAGGGGGACGCCAGUGCCUAAUGGUGUCGGGCGUUUCGGCAUGUUCCCUGCCGUGAUGCGGUCGGUGAGCUUUGCGGCGCCUGACGGUAGUACCAUCGGGAGCGGCGGCGUUGGAGAGUCGGGGGUGAACGCGGGCGCGGCACGGUUAGGCAUACCCCCGACUCCGCCGCGAGGCCGCCAUCCGAGCACGGGCGGUCCUCAGGUAUCCUCGGUGCACCACAACUACCAAUUCCGGCCCGUUGUAGCCGCCCCGCACCACCAUCCGCACCAGCAGCAGCAACACCACGAUCACCAGACGCGCGGAGGAGAUCAGCAACCAACUGCCGCGAACGCGGUCGGCGCUGAGCCGACGGGAGCAGCGGUGGCCGGUGUUGCCCCUCAGGGACAUAGCGCUGCAGCACCGGCGCCGGCCUCGGCUUCGACGACAACAGUGGCCGUAGCCGCACCCUCGCCGCCCCCGCUGCUCCGACUCAGUCCGCGACGCCCUCGGAUGGCGGUGUUGGGACGGGGCGCGCGGCCGUCCACGCCCGUCAUGUGCCCCGCCAUCACCGGCUUUCCGGCUGGUGGCAACGGUGGUGGCGCCUGUGAUGAUGAUGAAGACGGCGGCGGCGGCGGGUAUGUUGGCCAGCCUUUCAUGGAAAGCUGCGGUGCCGGCACCCGGACUCGCAGCGGUAGCGUCCCCAUCGGCAGGCCCCGAAGCGGGAGCGGUCACCGGCGCCUCCGCAUUCCGAGCCUCCACGGAGGCCGGCGGCGGCUGCGGUCGCGAUCCAACAGCUACGACGUGGUCCCCACGUCCCGGUCGGGCUCUCCCGGCAUGUUCGUCCUCGGGAACGCUAGCCCUAAGGCUGGUUGUGGCGGGGGGGGGGUUGUGGAGAGAAAGGCGUCCGGGGCGUUCUGGGGCAGCAAAGGUAGGCCUUCUUCUCGGAGGCCCCAAGGGAUGGCAUCGUGGGACGAGGUCGACGAUGACGUCAGCGACAUUUUCACCAGAUGCAGGCCGGGGUCGGAAGACUGGGGAGGGAGCGGGGACUGGCAGCCGGACGCGUUCGAGAGGUCGUUCCGGAACGGCCCCUCCAUCGCCCCAACGUCAACGGAGCAGCAGCACGGCCCAGCCAACUUGCGUGCCGCCGCCGCCGCCACCACCACCACCACCACGUCUCAUGUCGGUAUCGUCUCGGAGAAUGCUGACGGUGGCAAAGGUGCUGGUGGCGGUGGCGGUAGUAGGGAGCUGCCGCGGCCGCCUUGUCAACAAAAGCGGCAAGCGGCUGAGCAGCAGCAGCAGCAGCAGGAGCGCAGUAGAAGUCAGCAGCACCGAGAGGACCACCAGCAGCAACAGCAACAGCAGCACGGAGACACUCAGCGUGGGCAGGAGCCGCAGCAGCCGCCGCCGCGCCAGCAGCAGCACCAACUGCAGCAAGAGGAGGGGCAAGAACGGCUAGCGCCGCACUUCCACCUCAGCUUCGAUGACGAGACCUCGGAAUCGGAACAAGGGGGCGGAAGUGGUGACGAGGACCAUGACAGCGACAGCAACGACAGCUCCUCCUAUGCAGACUCCGAGGAGUUGGAGGGCGUGGAGGCGGGUGAAACCGAGGACGGGGGGCGUCCGCGCGGUAGAGGCCCCUGGUCCAUGCUAUACUGUCAGUAAGAGAGAACGCUAAAAAGAACUGAAAACCGUUCUCAGGUACUGCUGUACAGUCAGUGAGCCGAGCAUCUGUCAGUAAUCAUUGGGACGUCUCAUCUUCAACGUGCAGCUGCUUUGGCUGGCCUCAGGUAUCAUCAUUAUUUUUUCUCAUGUCAACAAAUCAAAGACGGGAUAGAUUAUGUCGAUGCGUUUGUGCCGGGUGUUGGUGUUACGAGGAAGGUGCUACUGGCUGUGAUAGGAUACAUAAGACGCCCGUUGUCCGGACGGAGUGAUGCCAAUCAGUUGUGAGAAGUGCUGUCGCUGAUGAUGCUACAGCAACAUCAGUUGCUAUCCGCUCUUCGUGUUGAGCUGCUUCUGUACGACUGCUAGGUACUGUUACUAGCUUGGCGUCGCCGUCGGCAACAGGGAGAGAGCUAGAUAGACGACCAUGGGGUUGGUUAGUUUUAUGCGUUCUUCGUUGUGGCUGGCUCCGCCUGAAACGGAACCACGCGCGUGCUUUCGAUACCGGGCCAGGAGAAGGGUUAUAUGUACCCAAACGGGAAAGAAACGGGACUUUACAGCAGUGUACCCAAACGGAAAGACAGGGACCGCAUCCCACAGAUCUGUUGCCCCCUUCACCGUAUGGUUGCUGUGUGGUUUGUGUGUAUACCGCCCCCGCGCGGGCGUGUGCGCACCAUUUGAAGUGCUAUGCGGGUGCCCUCUAUUUGAUGGUCCUUAUUUUAGGUGUCGUCCGGGUAUAUUACGUAAGUAACGAGUUUAGACUAAGCCCUUGCUGGGCGCACGUACAUUUCAAGUACUGUUUUUUUGGACGGAGUGAUACCCAGUUGAUUGUUAAUGUGUUCCUCUACUUGUCGUUCGCAUGGUUGUGCGAUAAAUCUUUAUUAUGGUAGUUUCAACUAUUUUGGAUCGAGCGAUUCCCUGCUCUGAUUCCCGGGUGGAUCUCAAUUCCGUUUCCCCGACGAUUCGCAUUUUUGUAUUUUGCCGUUGUACUCCUUGGUCAAUUCUGGCGAGCGUUCCUUCACGCUGACCACCGUGAUAGCAUACAUUACAUAUCUACUGUAGCAAGUUUGAUGUUCGCGUAUUUAAUGCUUGCCCGCCGUUGUUUUUCAACUAUCUAUCGUGUGUGCGUGUACAGAGCAGGUAUUAAAUAAAGAUGGACUCUUUUACACAAGUUUUUUCCCCAUGCCUCACAUACCCGUCGUUGGUAGGUAGAUCAAGUGUGUGUGGAGCGUGGUAUUUGUGUGCCUUCUUUGUGUUCCCGUACAACGUAGUACCACGUACCAUCGUGGUACGGUACAUGCCUGACUUGGCUAGAUUUUUCCGUCGCCGGGAAUGAAUUUCUUCGUUGUACUUCGUUGGGAGGAUAGCUUUGGGUAUUGUAGGGGGAAAGAAUGUGCUCCAAACAUGAGAUUGGUGGAGGGCGGCUUCUUCUGUUCCCCAAGCGGGGUACGGUGAACGCAGUAUUCUCGAUUGAUGGUGUUUUUGAUGGGGUACCCGUGUUUGGUUUUAUUAGCGUUUUCUACCAUGCAAAUGUACUAGAAAGGACGCGCAUGGCAGGGUAGACUCUUGACGACAGACUGGCGUGAAACAUACUGCGGUGCUACUCGCGUGAGGUAGACAGGCUGUCUCUUUGUUGAAUAGGUUUGAUAGUGUCUUCAUGGACAGGCAAUGGAGGACAUCCGGUGUCAAGCACACGACGGCAAUAUUCACCACCGAAUGUUCUUCGUCGUGUUCAUCUCUCCUGGGCAUAGCAGGUACAGUAGUCGUGCCGUGUUCGGCUGUGUCCAGCCUGUGUAACCUCUCUCUGCAGGUGGCGGUGAAAGGUGUAACUUCAGUGUUCCAGGUGGGUGUGAAAAAAAGCUGAUACAAGACUCUACUAAAGUGUAGUACAUACACAAUGUAGUUCGUCUGCCGAGUCUGAAAUGGAGGAACCAUUGGGUGAAUACUUGAUGUACUGACGCAUUCGUUCAGGAGUUUUGUCUGUCCUGGACCUUUCGCGCGCGCGUGUGUGCCAUGUCUGGAUUUCGACUGCCUCGAGGGAUUUUUUUUCUAAAUGUGGAGGGGGGCCUUAUUAUGUGGCAAUACUCGGUGGUGGCGGAGGUUUGGUAUUUAUGGCGCGCCUGCCUGUUUCCGACAAUUUUUGGGGAAGCUAUGGAGCAUGGUACAUUAUGACAUUACAUAUAUUUACCGUCCUGUCAGUGACGUACCAGACAACGGUGAGCGUUUCCUCCCCUGGAUAACGGGGAAAAACCUGGGGACUGCAGUAUACGUGCUGAGGGGUUUGAUUUUAUGUUUCUUUAUGGAGGAAGUAUUAAUUGUAAUGAGAUCUGCCUACGUCCUUGCCCGGGUUGUGUGGAACUACCGUUCUCUGGCCCGGCUAGUGAUCCUCGUUGUUGUUAUCCUCUGCUUCCCAGGUCGCUAUCUGAUUGCCUUGCGUGGACAUGCAGCACAUAAAUCAAUCAAGUACGGCACCAGCUCACACCAAAAUUGUCGAUGCACGUAUAGACGCAAAUCUUAGAUGCACCCAGGGAGCUCCGUGAGAUAGAAUACGGUAUACCCAGCGGCUCCCGCGGCUCCGUGAGCUGCCAUUUGAAUUUUGGCCUCAACACCACAUCACAACACGGCACCCGUACAGCCACAACCCUGCCCACACGAGGCCACCACACGGACCCAAGAGAUGAGUGCAGGCGUCAACGACCAUGCGGUCCUCAGCGGUGACAGCAUUGAGUGUGAGAGCGCACAACGUGUUGGCGUUGGAGCAAGCGGUCCGGCACAGCUCGGCCCACUACUCCCCUCCACUCCCGCCCUACCCUGCAUCCGAGAAGGCCAAACGGCUCUACCCUGCCUCCGAGAAGGCGAGCCCUCUCUCUU